UAUGAUCAAUUUACAACAUGAUAACUCAAGUCGUCGUGAACAGAGACUUGACUUAUCAAUAGUCCCAGGGAAAAACCUCGGUUGGUUUCGUUUGGGAACUUCGGUGUGGGAUAUUAUAAAUUUUUUGAGAGAACAGUCUAGAAUCAUUCCUUCUGUAGAUUUGAAAUACACUGAUGAGUCUCCUAUCUUGACAGAUUUAUUUCUCUCGUUGCCGGCAAAUGGAAUUAAUAUGCGAUUUGAUGGUCCAACCCAGAGAUUAAAAUCGAUCGAAGUAAACGAUUUCUCAAAAUUGCGAUUAACUUAUCAGGAUAGUGAAGUUAGUAAAGCUGCACCAACUUUUCUCUCAAUUUAUAAAAUUUUUGGUCCUACCUACCCUGGAGAAUUAGAUAAGACAAAAAAUGAAUAUACAUUAAAUUAUCCGGGUGUAUCAUUUGUCUUCCCUAUACCUGAAGAACAUAUAUCUUUAUUUAUCUCAUCUACUGAUCUUCCUUUGGAACUACCUGAUGGCACAUCGCCUUUACUUUCUCGCCUACACACAUACCAUGGUGCCAAUUUUCGCAACGUUACUGUUCCACCGUUGCUAAGGAAUGCUAAUCCUGAAAAUAUGGGAUGUAAUGGGGAUCUUGGUGAAGUUGAAAGCGUUGUUGCAGAGCUAAAACGUGGUAUUACCGUGAAUUUUUUGGCUAGAAAUAAUUCCAGUCCAAUUUCCGUUGAGAUACUUUUGAAUGUGACCACACCACAAGACCUUAUUGUCGAUAUAGGUUCUUCUCUCCGGAUAUUCUACAAGGAGGAAGAUAAAAUGCGAAUACAUUCAGAAGAUAUUGGUGUCGAUAGUACUGAGGAUGGUGAAACUGUUUCUAACAACACAUUGUCUAAUGGUGUAGAAAACCAUAUUCAGGAAGGAGAUUUGGGGCAUCCAAUAGACUAUUUUUAUAACUAUUUUCAUCUUGGAUUUGAUGUACUGUUUGAUGGCGUUUCACAUCGUUGUAAGAAAAUAAUUUUGCAUGGUAACGUGCCUGGUCAUUAUGAUUUUCAAAG